AUGAGACAAACAGAGACAGUGGAAAUAAAGGUGGAGUAUCAGUGGAAGCCUAGUGUUUGUCAUUCUUGUAAAGUGUUUGGUCCCAAAGAAGGUUAUUGUUCACAAAAAGGAGCAUAUCAAUCUUCUCAGACUAAGCCAGACAUGAAUACUAAUACUAGCAGGGAUAAGGGAAAAGUCAUUAUAACGCCGAUGAGGGGUGUGGGAGGAUCCAUAGGGGUUCCACAGUUUAGAAAAAUCAUACCUCAAGUGGGAAAUACGGUUGCUAGCAGUAGUAGUGCAGACAGGUCAGUUACAAACCAGAGCUCAAAUGGGUCACAAGAUGAUACCUAG